AGAUUUACUCUGUUGGUAAUGGACUGCCAUUUUUGUGGCUGAGUGUUUUACAAUAAGUUGAGACAAUUUUUUAACAAAAAUUAAGUACAAAAGAAAAAAAGUACUUUAUUUCACUCAAUACAUUGAUUUAAAAUGUCCGUGUAUAUUAAAUAUACAUAAUAGUUGAUACGAGUUAAAUAGAUGUGAAAGUUUUUAUUAUUAGUAAUUAAGUUUAGAAAGUAUUUUGAGUGUUGUGCCUAUGACACAUUUUACAUCAUGGUUGAUCGACUUGUAAACAGUGAAGCUAAUGCAAGACGUAUCGCAAUGGUGGAAAACUGCUUUGGUAGUUCGGGUCAGUCUUUGGCAGUUCCUGGGAGAGUUUUGGUGGGUGAAGGAGUGUUGAUAAAAAUGUGUCGAAAAAAAUCAAAACCACGGCAGUUCUUUCUAUUUAACGAUAUAUUAGUUUAUGGCAAUAUUGUAAUAAAUAAGAAAAAGUAUAAUAAACAGCACAUUAUACCCUUAGAAGAAGUCAAGUUGGAAUCAUUAGUAGAUGAAGGACAAUAUCGAAACGGGUGGCUCAUAAAAACAGUAACAAAAUCAUUUGCUGUUUAUGCUGCUACUGCAACAGAGAAACAAGAAUGGAUGGCUCAUAUCACAAAAUGCAUAGAAGACUUAUUGCGAAAAAGUGGUAAAAAGCCAGUAGAAGUGCAUGCUGCAGUUUGGGUUCCCGAUAAUGAAGCUACUAUUUGCAUGCAUUGUAAUAAAACACAAUUUACGGUUCUAAACCGACGACAUCAUUGUCGACAAUGUGGUGCUGUAGUCUGUGGUCCAUGUAGUAAUAAAAAAUUAUUCUUACCUGGACAAGGAAACGGAAAAGCUGUCAGAGUUUGUUUACAAUGUUAUGAUGCUGCCAGUAAAAUAAAAGCAACAUCAAUAGAUAUAAAUAGUUUUUCGACUUCGGAACAACAACGUAAUUUAGCAGAUAGUUCAGGUGGUGAUAGUUCUGGAGACGAAGAUGAAAAUAGUAAAGAUGAAAAGCAUGAUGAGCCGAAAUUCUAUUCAGUGCUUGCUCCAUAAAAACUGCACAUAAUAUCCAAUGAAAAUUAAGUAAAGUAUCCAUCAAAUCACAUUACUAUAAAUUAGUAAUUAACUUUAAAUCUAAAAUUUUUACACCUUCGAACAAUUUUAAAUAUAUGAAGUAGUCAUUUUCACAUGAUG